GCGAAUCAGCGGCGGCGGGUAGAGGGGGCCGCGCCGUGAGCCUCCGAAAGGGGUCUUUCUGGCCGCUGUCAGACGAAGAAGUGGACCCGUCGUGCAACAACAGGUGUCUAUCCGCAACUGCGUCGUCGGUGCGGCAAAACACACUCACACACUUUGAGAGCAGAAAAAGCCGAAAAGGAAAAUUGUCUUAGCGCCCGGCGUCGGGCAAAUGGAUGCGGGAUCCUGCUGCGUGUUGGUGCGCCCCAAGCCGCCACCCUCGACCCCGUCGUGCGUCCUCGGCGACCAGAUCGUGCCCAACCACUCCAACCCCUUUUGGUACCAGAACCACGGUUCGCCGCCCAACGCAGUCGCCAACCUGGAUUCGUACGUGCAUUUGCAGGGCUCGGACAUGGACUCGAUGAUGUACCGCCAGCAGAGCGGCACCGCGAGCGGCGUCCACCAGCUGAACAACAACACGUCGGCGGAGCACUUUGAGCCGCCGAGGAAGAGGCCCAAGCCAGACCCAGACGCCUUCCUGCUGAGCCCUGAUGACGAGCUGCUGAAGCCUCGGCGGGAGAGCGCGUCGCAGAUCGACGAGUUCUUCGUUGAGUCCACCACCGGCAGGUUCAACAGCAUGCGGGUGGCAACAGGCAGCGCCGUUGUCGAUGACGACGUCUUCCUCAAGCCGCUCUGGGAGGAGAUCAACAACAUGCCCAAGUGGGAAGAGCCGGCCGAGCUGAUGCCGACGCCACACCAGACGCCGAUGGGCCUCGACGGCGCCACCAACAUCAAGCUGGAGGUCACCACCAGCGACCUGAUGCCGAUGCAGGUCAAGCAGGAGAAGCAACUGCUGCCGCCGCCCAUGCCGGCCGGCAACUACAACAGCUACUGCGCAAACAACACCUUCCAGACGUCCAACCCCAACCAGAGGGCCAAUCUGGGCUACAAGAUGGCCGCCAGCCGCUCGCUCAACUACCACGUUCCACCGACGCCACCAGCGAGCGAGCCCGGCUCCUCGCCCGGCGGUGGCAACAACACCGCCGCCCCCGGCAACAACAACCUGCAGGUGAUGAUGAGCGCCGCCGCCAGCCGGAGGACGCCGCCCCCGCCCUACCACCCUACCACUAGUCUGAUGCUGACCGAACCAGGACAACAGUCGCCGCUGUCGCCGCAGCAGCAGCUGGCCGUGGUGCCGCAACUGGGCCAGAUGGACGCGACGCCGCCCGGCGCUGUACCCCACCACCAGCACACCACCGUUGUCCACAACUCGCAACUACCCUUAAAGUACAACAGGAGGAAUAACCCUGAGCUGGAGAAGAGGCGGAUUCACCAUUGUGAUUACCCUGGCUGCACCAAGGUGUACACCAAAAGUUCUCACCUGAAAGCACACCAACGAAUCCACACAGGCGAGAAGCCCUACAGGUGCCACUGGGCUGAGUGCGAGUGGCGGUUCGCGCGCUCAGACGAGCUCACGCGGCACUACCGCAAACACACGGGCGACAAACCCUUCAAGUGCGGGGUGUGCGACCGCUCAUUCGCCAGGUCGGACCACCUGGCGCUGCACAUGAAGCGGCAUCAGCCCAAGACGCCCAAGAACCAGCAGUGACAGACAACUUGUUUGCUCAGCAGCCGAAAGAAAACAGUGUCCGGAAGAUGCAUUUAUCCGACCAACCGUCGUUUUUCAACCCUUUUCCAGAGAACAAGUGCCAUUUUUGGAAUACCGCCAGCUGCUCCCGUCGAUUUCCGAUUCUCUCUAACCCUUUUUUAUUUUGGCGGUGACGAAUCUCAAAAGUCUCGAUGUUCAGACAAGAGUUUCAGGAAUCGGACGUGGAAAGCAGUCUUUUUACCAACAUAUCACAAAUAUUAUUUUGUGAAUUUCGUCUCCAGAUGUUACGCAAGCAACAUUUCAUGGACGGUCGAGAUUUUCAUGGAUUUAAUAAUUCAACAAAAUAUAAUUUACGUUGUUACCAAAUGACCGUUAAGGUAAGAACUAUAUACAAUGCUCUUAGAAAAGGAAAAACAAGUGCCAACAGGUUGUGCCUUAAAAUCGCAGCAGGUGCCAAUAAAUAAGCAAUACGCCGUUGCCAUUUUUAUACCAAUAUUUGUGUAUACUUUUUUAUAUCGAUCCAACUGCGCAUUUUCGGAAGUAGGUCUAAAAGACACGUGUUUUGUGUUUACAUAAUUUAACAAAGUAAAUUUGUACAAUUUUUUGGUCUCACUCGCAACAAAGAGAACAAUAAUUAGAGUAGAAAUCGAGUUAAAAGGUGAUAAAUUAUUAUUGUUUUGGUGAAAUUUGAAUGUUCAAUAUGUUACUUGGAAUUACCACGAGCGAGAAUAAUUUAUUGAAUAUGCGAUACUUAAUAUCUCUAUGUAAUCCUGUUGCCAAAAUGAUGUCUAUUUUAUUUUUGUAAUAAUUAAUGCUGCACAUGUUGAGUUUGUAUAUCUGCAUUUCCUUACUUUUACCGUACUUAAUAUCACGUAAUUUAAUAUACAAGCUCUUCGACUUUGUGCAAUGUUGCUUAACACGCCCUCUUUCACUUUUGCCAUAUGUGUUUUAAUCAAACAUUUUCGUAUGUACGCGCAUUGGAACAUAAAGCCAUUCGUGUGUGUGCUCUCUCUCUCUCUCUCUUUCUCCUUUAAGUGUUGAUUUAUUUUUUAAAGUGAACAAUUUUAUACGAGAAGCUUCAAAUAUAUUUGUAUCAAAUAAAAUAUUGAUCACUAAAAUUUUGAAA